UCAAAUGCGUUUUAAUUACAAUGCAAUCAUGACUGGUUGCACUAGGUCUGGCACUCUUUUUGGGAAAGAAUUGUUUGGUACUACAAAUUUAUUAAGAUUAAUUAUGCAGCGUGCCGGUAAGCUGCAUGAUUUCACUUGCUACUGUACUUGAUUUUCAUGGUCACCUGCAUAUGCUAUUUGCACGUCUCGGUAUAUUAAAUCGAAACUGGGCUCACAUCUGUAUGUUUUGCGAUGGACGAGCUGAAUAAUCAGACUGAUCAAAAAGGUCAGUCGGAAUUUAUGGAUGAUGGGGAUUUGUUGGCGUGGCACGAUUUAAUGCGCUUCCGCAAGCAGCAUCAACAAGACCCAUCACCAGCCACAACGGAUUUAGACGCUGGUUCCAUUUCGGCACAGGCAUCCAUUUCGGCGGAUAUUCACGACGAAAUGCCCUACACGAUGCGUUUUGGGGAUCGUUUCAUGGACUCAGCCACUGACUCUGGUCAAACGAGCGAUAGCGAUUCACGCAUUUUUGAACAACAGUUUUAUGAUGCAAGUGCCAGAAAUCGCAAACAGCUGAUUGAAAAUCUGUUGCAUGAAAUUUAUGUGGAUGAUCAGCUGUACCACGAUGAACUGGAGGAAACGCGCUAUCUUGUGCGCCGAAGUUCAGAUGCCAGUCAAAGCAGUAUUGGAAGGAAAAAUUCAGUUAUUGAUUAUACCGCCUGGAGAAUUGAAUAUUAUGCAGAAUUAAGUAAAACGCUGCAGAGUUUUGGAUACCAGGGAAAUGACAAGCUGGACGUGCAGCUGCUUACACAAAUGGAUACAAGUCAGCUGAAAAUGUUAAGGACCGCAUACGAAAACACCAUCAUGGGAGUGAACCGGUAUCUUGUGCAGACUCUGAAACAGAAGGACAAGAGACAAAUAGCCCAAAGUAAACAGUAUUUGAUCAUCAACAGCGCACUGCAGGCUCUGGCUGCGCCAUCAUCACCGGAAGGAAGCCAACGGCACGCUAAGUUUCGGUUUUCCGUAACACCUCCGGUAGGUGACAGCGAUGGUUACCUGCAGUGGAUCGAAGCGAUGAGAGCCGUGCUGAAACUUCCGGGUGGAUUGCCAACAGCUUUUCGAAAAACAAUGUGGUCAACUAUCGCCAAUCGAUACAUUUCGCAGCUGCCAUUUGAAUGGGAAAAGAUUAAAAAACUCUUACUGCAUGACCGGUUCAAUCCGGACGAGGAGGCGCUGGGACUGCAGAUUGUCAAAGACCUACACCGCACCGGUUGCUCCGGCUUCUGCGGCGAGCAUAAUGAAAAAGAGCGCUCUUUGCUGAAACGAGUGCUGUUAGCGUACGCUCGCUUCCGGCCAUCUGUUGGUUAUUGCCAAGGUUUUAAUAUAAUAGCAGCUGUCAUAUUGGAUGUCGUUGACAAAGAUGAGGAAGAGGCUCUAAAGAUAAUGAUAUACCUUAUCGAACAUGUCUUGCCGCCGAAUUAUUUCGCCAAUGAUUUGGAGGCAUUAACGAUCGACCUAUCGGUUUUUCAAGAAUUGGUCAGUAAUUAUCUGCCGGCACUAUCAUCUCAUCUGGAUAAACUGCGCAAGCAGUCGCUGGAAGAACGAGGAGCAAACGGGGGAUACGAGCCGCCGUUAACGAAUCUGUUUUCCAUUCAAUGGUUUUUGACGCUCUUUGCAACGUGUCUGCAGCAUGAGGCCACUUUACGUGUAUGGGACUGCAUCUUCCUGUACGGCUCGGUCAUUCUCAUGAAGACGGCCCUCGUCCUGCUGGUGAAACUUGAGAAGUAUUUUCUGCCAGUAGAAACUGCCUUCGACUUUUAUUCCAUCAUGAGUGAACUCCAGCAGAGCAUACUGGACGGGAUGAUGAUCGGCCCGGAAGAAUUGAUCCAGGAGCUGUUCAAAAUUCCCGAUUUCGAUUUACGCACAAUGCGCAUUGAACACACUGUCACCGUGGCAGCGGCAAAAAACUCCCAUUACACCCAGUUCAGUCCAUUUCGCAACAAAAGUCCACGUAGUGGCUUUAGUCCGCGACGCAGUCUGGCAAACGUGCACGGACAGAUGCGCAGAAAUAGUGACGCCUUCGCGGAGCAUGAUUUCGCGAAUUUAAGGAAAAAAUACGAGGAGAGCGUACGGGAAAGGCUCAGUCCGACCACACCCAAUCUCACAACGGCCACACUGAUGAUGCGCGCCAUUGCCCGGCGCGGCACCAUCUUUUCCCCUAAUGAUCUACCCAAACGACCGGACAGUCCACAUGUGGGCGCAUUCGUUUUCCCCAGUCUAAUGGCUGAAGGUGUAUCGGAAAGCAGUUUUCGUGAAUUAACCCGUGAAUUGCCCCGUUCAAAAAGUGAAUCACAGCCUGAGCACCAUGCGGAAUCUGCGCCCGUUAUUAAGCUGGCACCUAUUCCUAAUGACCUUUCGCGUACAGUUCGCCGGGCGGAAUUUCGGCAGCUGCACAGCGCUUAAAAACGUGUCAGUCGUGGACAACAUCCAAUGCGGUCCAAUCUGUAUUAUUUGACUGAGAUUCUUGUAAUUUUAUUGAAAUUCUGUACAUUGUGAUAAUUUGAACUUCUAAUAGGCAUUCAUUUACUACGAGUACUUAGGAACCAAAGAUACCAUUUAUAAAAAAAUGGGGUUAUUGUAAUUGUAGUAUAUUUGGUCUAUUUUUUACUAAAUGUUGGAAGUUACAGGUGAAUGAAGGCAAAAAGAAC